AUGGCUGACCCAACACCAACGCCAACACCAACACCAGCGCCACCAUCCGUGGCCAAGGAGGCGGUGCCGCCGCCCCGUAAUCCGGCGUUGCGCAUGCUCGGCCUUCCCGCGCUCCCUCGCAAGCUUCCCUCGCGGAACUGGUUGAUCUUCUGGACCCUCUCCACCACCAUCACUGCCGCCAUCAUCUACGACCGGCGGGAAAAGAAGAGAGCGAUUGCGAGAUGGAGACAUGCCGUGGAGCACCUGGCCAAGGAGCCUUUGCCCGGCAACGGCCUGGCGGAACCGCGCAAACUCACCAUCUUCCUGUCGAGUCCACCUAGCGACGGUCUACGCGUGGCCCAGGACCACUACACCGAAUACGUCAAGCCGAUACUGGCCGCAAGCGGGCUAGACUGGGAGUUUGUGCAGGGCCGGCGCGAAGGUGAUGUCCGCGCUGUAAUGGCGGAGAGGGUACGCAAGGUCCGCCGCGGCUGGGAGGGCAGCGCCGGCCCAGACUCGGACCGUCCGCCAACCGACGACGAGAUUGUUACCGCGGUCCGCAGAAGCCGUGGCAUUGAGGAAUACGCUGGCGUUCGAGGCGACAUCGUCAUUGGCCGUCACACGUGGAAGGACGCCCCCCCCGAGCCCGAGCUCCCUCUUCCAGAAGCUGCCACUUCCGAGUCUACCUUGGGCGAGGAUGAGAAACCUGCCGAGGAAAACCCUCCUGUAGUCCAAGAGACAAAGCCAAAGAGGCCGCCCCAGCCGAAGCCAUACAACACCACAAACGACUACAUUGCCGAGUCACUCCCUUUGCUAACCCCUAAUGAGUUCUCGCCUGUCGCUCCAGUCCCCGAGCCGCACAUCCUGGGCUUCCUAAACACACCCACACGCAUGAUGCGGUUCUUUAACCGCCGUAAGCUUGCGGAUGAUAUCGGCCGGCAAGUGGCCGCCGUGUGCUUGUGCACAUACCGCGAGUUCCACGAGGCUGCGGAGCACGGCUCUGACGAAACAGACGCGGAGAAACGGUACGAGCAGCAGAAGGAGCUGGCGUGGGAAGAGAAGGACUGGGUUAAGGCGGUGUGGAAGGAGGACAAGCCGAAGGCCGAAGGCGCCGCUGUCGACAACGACGACGGGGUUACGGAGAAGAUACGCGCUCGCCCGAUCGUCAUGGAUCCGCGUGUGGCCGCCCGCAUGCGCCGCUUCGACCUGCUGCCAGAGGACGGGGCCAGAGUCAGGCGGUUUGUGGUCCCCGAAGAGGAGGUCGAGGGCUGGACCAAGGGGAAACUCCGUCAACUCUACCGCUGGGGCGUGGACAAGACCAGGCCAAAGAAGCUCACCCCUCUGGACGACUCUGACGUCGAGUAGGGAUUUUCCGAGAACGUCGGAAUCGAAGUAAGGCCAUGCCCCAGACAUCUGAGACGCAGCAUAUCAUCAGAGUUGUGACGUAGGAAGUGUAAUAUAUCUAGUUUGUAGGCAUCUGUCUGCAGCGGACCCCGGAGCCGUUUGUACAUUAUGCCAUUAUAAAAGGAGGGUGCUGGAGGUUUCCGUCGGAGGGGGUUUAGAAUGGGGGCCUGGACCAUGAAAUUUUUAG